AUGUCGGACGAGUUGAUAUCGCUGAUCACCAAACAAUUGAUCUUUCAACAUAGUUUUCCUACGAAUUUCAAUUUUGCUCAAGAGUCUGGCUCAACGAUACCUCCCGCAUCACCACCUGCAGCGAGUAUUCCACACAACAAAUUGGUCUGCAGAAACAAUUCAGAGUUGUUCUUUGCUCAGGAAAACCUUGUUAGAUGCUGCACAAUCAACCCAAUAACAUCAAACUACAAGUUAUUGAAAACCCCUAAUGCCAAUUUUGAAGUUGUUUUUUUGGAGAUUAAUGAAUCAGGCACGUUUUUGGCAAUUGUCGGUGAUCAAAUAAUCGAUGUUGUUUCAUUGCCACCAGUGUUGAACACAAAGCAAAAGUCGAUAUAUAUUGAAGAAAGACACUAUAGAAUUACCGAUGUGGGUAAGAUUAAGAAGGUGCUUUGGCAGUCCGUUGUUGCCAAUGAUUCGAUGUUGGUGAUUCUCAAUGAAAAUUCAGAAGUGUUUGGGUUUGACUUGAAAAAGUCAGUCAAGGUCCCAUCAGUUAAGAUUUCUUUUUGUGAAAAGAUCAACUCUAUUGCUUUUGGAUCACGCAGCAAGAUCAAUGAUGCAUUGAAAUUAUAUGCAUCAACUGAUGAUCAAAUCUUAAGCGUUGAUUUUUACAACAGCUCAACAAGGAUUGCAGUUUCAGAAUCAGCUAUAAAUGUUGCAAUCGAUGAUUCACAAAAUACUAUUGAAACUAUCAAGGAAAAGUUCCCCGGACAGUCGGUGCUACUCACCCUGGCGAAAACUCAAUUAAAAGUGUAUGAGUCAUUGCAUCACCAACUUCUGAACAACUUACGUGAAAUGAGAGGUUUAUACACUGAUGAUCCAUAUGAGUUGUUUAUUGUCGAACCAAAAUUGACAACAGCAGAUUAUAACCCUAGAGUAGUGGCACAAAUUGGCGCAGAUGAUUUGGUGUCCUUUGGAGAUAAUGAACAUAUUGGUUUACUUGCAUCGAUCAAGGGCGAUACGAUUUCAUAUUUUCUAAAUAUCCUUGGAAGUGGAUUGGUCAAAUAUGAGGAGCCAAAACAAGUUGGCUAUGCCAAACCGAAGAAAGGUUUUGGAUUUGUUGACUCGAUCGAUGAGGCCAAUGCUGAAAAGAUCUUUUGGGAGCAAGACCUAAACUCAUUGGAGUUUCUACAAUCGGAGAAACUACCUUUCGAUGGAAAAGGAUACUUGAAGAACUUGAAUGGGUGUGAUGAUAAAUUUGUCGCUGCAAUUGACGGAAGCUUGGUGGUUGUCCGUUGCCAAUGGGUUCGUGAGCUUUUGGCAGAUUUGGAAAACGAUAGCAUCGACAGCUUGGAUAAGAUUAAACCCACCUACAAUCUUCUCUCUUCUGGAAAGGAUCUUCAAGGAUUUGCAAUUGUUGCAAAAUUUGAUCUGGAGGUGGGAGUCAUUGUGCGUGAUAAUUUGGAGAUUGUAACAAUUAAUGCUGAUGAAGUGCUCGAGCUGGAGGGAGUUGUGGAGCAGUUGAAAAUUGAUGAAAAACCGUUUGUACCAUCGCUUGCUAUUUCAGCGGAGCCAUUUGCUGAAAUUGAAUCCAGCCUCAAAACAUUGCAAAAUUCAUAUUCCUUGAAAAAUGAUCCCAAUGUGAAGCUCGAACCAACGAUUGAAGUGCUUGAAAAGUUGAAUAAAGAUUCACUAGCAACUAAUCAAGCUGUGUUUGGGUAUUCUGUAUUUGCCAUCAAGUUACAAUCAAGGACUUUGGCUCAAUUAAAAUCUUUAAAAUUGCAAGUCGAGACAUUGAAGAACUUGACCGACAAUACCCCUUACAAUGAUGAGAUUGAUGAUAGAAUUGGCAAGUUUUCGCAGAAACAAGAAGAGCUCGAUACCCGAAUGAAGCAUAUUCAAUCAAAGAUCAAUGAUCAAAUGUACAAAGGCAAGAAUGUUCCGCUCUCAAAGGAAGAAAAACAGUACUUUGAAGAAAUCAAUGCCUGGAACAAAACUACGCUUGAAUUGAUUGAUCAGUUAAAGGUUAUCAGUGAGGAAGUGGAGGAAUGUAAGGAAUUGAAACCAACUGUCGAAGGAGAAUAUGACGAAAAGGUUGUUUUAGAGAAUUUGCAACUACAACAAAGAAUGAAGAAGUUAAUUACAUGGUUGAAAUUUCAAGGCUCAGAGAUACAUGAUUUAAUAGAACGGGUCAGUAUCAAAACUUAG